AUGACACGCAAAGGACCAACUAAAGUCAUCAAACCGGAAAACAUGAAUCACACAAAUGGAGUCGUAAAAGAUGCCGAAGGCAUGACAUUUAUGCGGGUGAAAAAGUCAGAGAAGCUCGUAAAAAAUGCUACAAAACAAGGUGAAAGUAAAUUAGAAAUUGAUUACAAUUCGUCAUCGAAGCAAUUGAUAAAUCGAAAUGGAAAUCAAAGUGAAGUAAAAAAAGUGAAAAAUAUUUCAAAGAAUCGCUUGAAAGGUACAACAACAAAAACUGUGUCAAAUAAUGAAAAAAGGAAACUCUCGAAAGUGUCGCUUUUGGGCUUGUUUGAGAUGACGACUCACUCGGGAACAAGAUGGGAAGGGAAGAGUGAAUUGGCAGCUGCAGAAUUAGCAGUGAAACAUAUUAAUGAACGUGGAUUACUUCCCGGAUAUUCAUUGGAAUUAAUAACUAAUGACACGCAGGUAACUCGAAAGAAGAAAAACAGGAAAGUUUUUGCUGUGAUUUUCUCAUGCCAUAAAUGCGAUCCAGGAGUAGGAGUUGAUCGAUUUUUUCACGCUAUUUAUACUCAAAAUAAGACGAAGAUGGUUAUGCUUUUGGGGUCUGCGUGUCCGGAGGUGACAGAAAGUUUAGCAAAAGUUGUUCCCUAUUGGAAUAUUAUUCAAGUGUCGUUUGGCAGCACUGCACCAGCUUUAAGUGACCGUGAAGAGUUUCCAUAUUUUUUUCGUACGGUCAUGCCUGACUCCGCACAUAAUCCCGCAAAAAUUGCCUUUAUUAGGCGCUUUAAGUGGGAUACAGUAACAACUUUUUCCCAGAAUGAAGAAGUUCACUCUUUAGCCGUCAAUGACCUUGUUACUCAACUUGAACGAGCAAACAUUUCAUGUGCUGCUACUCUUACUUUCGGAAAAACCAACUUCAGAGACCAAUUAAAGAUUUUAAGGGAUUUGGAUAUCAGGAUCAUAAUUGGAAGUUUCUCGGAUGAAAUAGCACCGAAGAUCUUUUGUGAGGCCUAUAAACUAGGCAUGUAUGGCGCAGAUUAUGCAUGGAUUCUACAGGAAACAUUCGAGCAUAAGCGAUGGUGGAGGGAAGUAGAGAAUCUCGAAUGUUCACAGAAGAGUUUGCAUAAAGCUGUGGAAAGUGUUCUUAUCGUUUCAUCCUAUAACAAUAUCGUGGGUGAAGAGAAGUCUAUUAGUGGCUUGACGAACUCCCGCUUCGAAAAAGAAUUGUCAGCUAUGAAUGUAACGAAACCAUUUUCUCGCUUCGCACCAGAGACUUAUGAUGCUGUUUGGAGUAUCGCACUUGCUUUGAAAGGUGCGGAAGCGUCAUGGCGUAACGAAACGCGAAUAAACAGAAAACGAAAGCGAAAGAAAUUGGAAGGUUUUGACUACACGAGAAAGGACUUGGCGAUGGAUUUUCUUGAACAAUUUCAUCGCUUAAAGUUUCAAGGAAUUUCUGGAAAUGUUUCGUUUGAUGGAGCGGAUCGUGUUGGCACGACAGCAUUUUAUCAAAUUCAAUUUGCCCAAUUACAACCUGUUGCUUUAUACUACCCUGAGACUGAAUUUUUAGAUUUCACAUGUCCAAAUUGCAUGACAAUCAAAUGGCAAAAUAACGUCGUUCCAAUAGCUAAGCGAGUUUUUAAACUUCGAUCUAUAAAACUUUCGAGUUAUAAACUUUCUAACAUCACAGCAGUUGGUUGUGUGUUUGUAUAUGCAGCCGUCAUACUCCUAGGUCUGGAUCACUCAACACUUCCAUCAACUGACACAGCAUUUCCUGCUGUUUGUACGGCACGAGUUUAUUUGCUUUCGGCUGGAUUUUCUCUUACAUUUGGAUCGAUGUUUGCGAAAACUUACCGAGUUCAUCGAAUAUUCACUCACAGUUGGGCUGGAAUUUGUAAAGAUAAAAUGCUUAAGGACACGAAGCUUAUUUCGAUGGUUUGCUGUUUGCUGUUAGUUGAUGCUCUCGUUGUAACAUUUUGGACGUUAAGUGACCCCAUGGAGCGGCAUUUACGGAAUCUCACUCUAGAAAUCAGUUUGACAGAUCGUUCCGUGGUUUAUCAACCGCAGUAUAUUGGAUUCUCUGUGUAUGGUGCUGUAAUCACUAGCGUUAGUGUGGUUGUUCUUGCAAAUUUGCUUUCUGAACAAGUCACGCUUGCAUUCAUCAUCAUCACUUCAAUAAUUCUCGCAUCAACGACGGCAACUUUGUGUCUUGUCUUUCUACCUAAAAUGAAUGACAUAUGGAAGAAAGGCAAACAUGAAGAUCCCGUCAUUCAAAGCAUGGGUUUAAAACUCGAGUGCAAUACGAGGCGCUUUGUAACCGACGAACGGAAGGAACUGCAAUAUCGAGUUGAAGUGCAAAAUCGAGUUUACAGGAAAGAAAUGGCUUCGCUUGAUGCCGAGAUUGCAAAACUUGAGAGAAUGCUUGAGAAUCGUUCUUCAUCUACAUCGUCGUCCCAGAUUUCCGUGUUGCCGCACAUUAAACCGGAGAUUGUCAUUGAAGGAGAUUUCAGUGAGAAUACGAAAUCAAGUCGUCCAAGCAUAUCGGGAACGCUUCCAUUGUUGUUAUUAUCAGUGCUACCGCCAGUCAUUCCACGUGCUUCAUGGCCAAAUACUGAACACAUGACAAUUCCCAUGAGACGCUCAAUUUGCUUCAGCUCUCAGCCUCAAAUUCUUGAUGAACGAGGCGUUCGAACGCCAGCAAUCGAUUUGCUUAAUUUGCGAUUGACUCAGCAACAAAAUCAAGAGCGAAGUGGAUUCUUGAACAAGAUUAAAGGUUUAUUUGGGUCUCGAGCACCAAGUCGCAAGACUUCAACAGCAUCUCUAGCUCCAUCUCACAUAGCUAAUGCUUUGAAAUCUCACAUGAGUAUACUUACCGGGCUUUUACCAAACACAAGCUCUUCAUGUCAUGUUCUCAACACCAACCCAAUUGAUCCCGAUCCACUUCGAAAAGUCUCGUUCGCUCAAAGCGGUAACGCAAUUAACUCAACGAUUGAAAUUGUUGAACCUGAAUUGAUAAAGAGCCGAAUUCGACGGAAAUCGAUGGCUUUUACGAUAAGUGCUCACGUCGAAAAAAUUCCUGAUGUCGAGAUUGAUGAAGUUGAAGAACAAAGCAGUGAACCACGCGUUAAUUUCAUUCUUCCGAAUCGCAGAAGAAGUUCAAUCAUUCAUCAGAAUUCCCAACCAACACUUCGUGAACGUGUAAGAGGCUCGCCGCGUUUUCCACAUCGAAUCGUGCCAACAAGUAGUCUGAAUGCUCUUGAAGAUACUUUCGAAGACAAGAUUUGUGGCAACAAUGAACAGAUUUCACCAGCCAAAUGGAAAUCAAUGGAGGAAGAAACAUUUCACACAAUCAACCAUAAAUUAUCAUCAACAUCAAAUAAUUCUUCGAAUCUCGAAAGGAUCACAAUCGCCGGCGAUAACAAUGUGAAUAUUGAGAGUAUCGAUGAAGAAAUAACUCAAGCACCAAAUCAUGUUAAUGACGAUUUUUACGGUGUCGUUUGAAACCCUUUUUUAUUUCUCAAUGGAAUGUCUCCAAUUAUUUUCCGGAAAAGCGAAUGAAAAGGGAGGAAAGAAUCCAUUUAAAGCAAUUAUUGUAAGUCAUGUGAAAUAAAAUUUAUGUACCUUGAACCUCUUAGACGGUUUUCAAUGAUUUUUCUCUUUAACACACAAGAAUGAAAGGAAAUUUAUGCUCCCACUUGCUAACAAACUUUGUUGUGAUAAUUGUGUUGUUGAAAUUUCAAUUAAAAGUUUUUAUUUGAACCAAUAAUUAAAUUAAGCUAUGAAAUUUUAACUGGUGCAAUUGAACAUAAAACAAAUGGAAAAUCUUUUACUCUUGAAACUAUCAGCGUAUGAGAAAUAAAUAUUUAAAAUUAAUCCAUUUAGUGAAUCGAGCUAAGAAAUAAAUUGGAGCUUAUCGAAAAGUUUUGUAACAAGUUCAAUUGUACUGUGUGCACAUCUUGAUCAUCUGUCGACUGUAAUGAAUGGAUCCCUUUAAAAACAAUUGCAAAACAAGUUCUUAUGAAAAUGUAUUGAUGGAUAACAGAAUAAAAAUAAAUUAUUUAAUGCUUAAAAUCGAUGAGCAAUAACAUAGACGCAAUUAAAGGAAAUAAAACUAAAUAAAUAAAAUUCGAGU